AUGCUCACAAUGCUUGGCAAUCAGAAAGAUUUAGAUUUUGAAUUCACUUUGGAUCGUACAAUGGAACACAAUAAAGAAGUGGAAGAAAACCGAAAACUAAAGCGUAUCUUUGAAAAUCAUGAUGACGAUCCAUUGAUUUUUACAUCAUCUCAAGGGUCAAAUUAUAUUAGAAGGUCACCACCCACUUCACCACAAUUCAAAUUAUUGCAAUAA